AUGGCCACCGCAGCCACCGCAGCUCCAGCCCCGCGGGAGCGUAAGCCCUCGACGAGUGCUCCCAUUUCGACCUUAGUAGGUCCUGUCGGACCUGGCUUUACUCGACCGAAGCACAAGCGGACUGCCACAGGCUUUGGAGCCGGUGACAUCAAGGCCGUGGAGUCAAGCAUCCCGGAGCAUAUGCGAGAGGCCUGGAGAAAAUUUUCCCCCCGUCCGUUCACAACGAAGGAAGAGUUUGAGGCAGAAUGUGUCAAGCAGAUCGAGACCACCUUGGCGCGAUCUCUCUUCAACUGCGACGAGCUAGCCGCAUAUUCCGGGACUGCGCUGGCCUUCCGAAACCGCCUGAUCAUUGAUUGGAACAAGACCCAGCAGAGGCAGACAUUUGUCGAUCAAAAGAGAAUCUACUAUCUCUCCCUCGAGUUUUUGAUGGGUAGAGCACUGGACAAUGCAAUGCUCAAUGUUGGAUUGAAAGACGUGGCCAAAGACGGUCUCGCGGAGCUUGGAUUCCGCAUCGAGGAUAUCAUCGAACAAGAGCACGAUGCUGCUUUGGGCAACGGAGGUCUCGGCCGCCUGGCUGCAUGUUUCCUCGACAGCUUGGCUUCCUUGAACUACGCUGCCUGGGGCUACGGCCUCCGAUACCGAUACGGCAUUUUCAAGCAAGAGAUUGAGAACGGCUACCAAGUUGAAAUCCCGGAUUACUGGCUUGAUUUCAACCCCUGGGAAUUUCCCAGACACGACGUUACGGUCGAUGUGCAGUUCUAUGGUUGGGUCAACAAGUUCACGGAUGAUGAGGGCCAACAAAUUGUGUCCUGGCAGGACGGCGAGGUGGUCACCGCGACUGCCUACGAUGUGCCCAUUCCCGGCUAUGGAACUUCGACCGUGAACAACCUGCGCCUCUGGUCCAGCAAGGCCUCAAGUGGCGAGUUCGAUUUCUCCAAAUUCAAUUCUGGCGAGUAUGAGAGCGCCGUGGCCGACGAGCAACGUGCGGAAACGAUAUCAGCUGUGUUGUAUCCGAACGACAACCUUGAAAGAGGCAAGGAGCUCCGCCUGAAGCAGCAAUACUUCUGGUGUGCCGCGUCUCUGCAUGACAUCGUCCGCAGAUUCAAAAAAUCCAAGCGCGAGUGGUCUGAAUUUCCCGAACAAGUGGCCAUUCAGCUCAACGACACGCAUCCGACCCUUGCCAUUGUCGAGUUGCAACGAAUCCUGAUCGACAUGGAAGGUCUCGAAUGGGACACCGCCUGGGACAUUGUCACCAAGACGUUUGGUUAUACCAACCACACUGUUUUGCCGGAAGCAUUGGAGAAGUGGUCCGUGCCUCUGAUCCAGAACCUCCUUCCACGGCAUCUCCAGAUCAUCUACGAUAUCAACCUGUAUUUCCUCCAGUCUGUCGAACGCCGCUUCCCAAAAGACCGCGAUAUGUUGGCCCGAGUCUCUAUCAUUGAAGAAUCCCAGCCCAAGAUGGUCCGGAUGGCCUUCCUGGCAAUUGUCGGCUCCCACAAAGUCAAUGGAGUGGCUGAACUGCACUCGGAUCUGAUCAAGACCACCAUUUUCAAAGACUUUGUCAAAGUCUAUGGCCCGGACAAGUUCACCAACGUCACCAAUGGCAUCACUCCCCGACGAUGGCUGCACCAGGCAAAUCCGCGUCUUUCCGAAUUGAUUGCUUCGAAGAUUGGAAGCUACGAGUUCCUAAAGGAUUUGACACUGCUCAACAAACUGGAACCGUUUGCUGACGACAAAGCGUUCAAGAAGGAGUGGGCGGAGAUCAAGUACGCCAAUAAGGUCCGACUUGCCCAGCAUAUCCUGAAGACUACCGGGGUGAGCGUCAACCCCAAAGCUCUCUUCGACAUUCAGGUCAAACGCAUUCACGAAUAUAAACGCCAGCAACUCAACAUUUUUGGUGUGAUUCAUCGUUAUCUGGCGAUCAAGGCCAUGACCCCUGAGGAGCGCAAGAAGGUUUCGCCCAAAGUGUCCAUCUUUGGUGGCAAGGCAGCUCCAGGCUACUGGAUGGCCAAGACCAUUAUUCAUUUGAUUAACAAGGUCGGCGAAGUCGUCAAUCAGGAUCCCGAUGUUGGUGAUCUGCUCAAAGUGGUCUUUGUGGCAGAUUAUAAUGUCAGCAAGGCAGAAAUCAUUAUUCCGGCCUCGGAUAUCAGUGAACAUAUCUCUACGGCUGGUACCGAAGCCUCAGGCACCAGUAACAUGAAAUUUGUGCUGAAUGGCGGUUUGAUCAUUGGCACACUGGAUGGGGCGAACAUUGAGAUCACGCGCGAAAUCGGAGAGCAGAACAUCUUCUUGUUUGGCAAUCUGUCCGAGGACGUGGAGGACUUGCGCCAUAACCACUUCUACGGCAACUACCAGGUCAAUCCCGAACUGCAGAAGGUGUUUGACAGCAUCAAAAAGGGCACUUUCGGGGACGAGACCGCUUUUGGCGCCCUCAUCAGUGCUAUUGCGGAGCACGGCGACUACUACCUUGUGAGCGAUGACUUCAACAGCUAUUGCCAGACACAGGACCUCAUCGACGAGGCAUACAAAGACCAGGACUCCUGGGUCACCAAGUCAAUUAUGAGUGUGGCCCGAAUGGGCUUCUUCACGUCGGAUCGCUGCAUCAACGAGUAUGCCGAUACGAUUUGGAACAUUGAACCUCUCGACGUCAAGGAUGAGAAUGAGGUCAGAGCACGAACUGGCCUUGAUACCUAG